GCCGCCCAGGCGUCUAGUUCCGCCCCCGCAGUGAGCACUUCCGGGAGGCGUUCCCGCUAGUGCUAGGCGUUUCCGCGGCGCUGAGACCUAGUGGAGACCUCCUCUGAAGAUGGGCAAAGUGAGGACGCUGCGGGCACGUGUGCACCAGGCGGCCGUGAGGCCCGGCGGGGAGGCUGCACCCCGUCCCGUGCCCCGCGUCCUGGAGCCGGCUCCCCCACAGGCCUCGGCGGGCGGAGCGGGGGCAAAGGACUGGACAUUGGUUCACAAUGACAUCUUUGCCAGGACAAAGAUAGACCCUAGUGCCUUGGUGCAGAGGCUGGAGCUGGACCAGAAGAGUGUGGUGUCCCUAAAGAGAGGUACAGAGCCAAAGACCAUUUUGCCCAAGAAGGAAAAACUGAGGCUUCGCCAUGAGCGAUGGCUGCAGAAAAUCGAAGCCAUAAAGCUGGCUGAGCAGAAGCUCAAGGAGGAGCGGAGGCGCAGGGCCACGGUGGUGGUGGGCGACCUGCACCCCCUGAGGGACGCCCUACCUGAGCUGCAGGAACUGGAGGCCGGCCGUCGGCAGCACACUAGGAGCAGGGUGACCAGCAAGCCCAGGCCAGUGGAGCUUAGCCGGAUGAGUGCAGCCCAGCGACAGCAGCUCCUUGAGGAAGAAAGGACCCGGUUUCGGGAGCUGCUGGCCAGCCCAUCCUACAGAGCCAGUCCCCUGCUGGCCAUCGGGCGGCAGCUGGCCCACCAGAUGCAGCUGGAAGGUGGCGAACAUCUCUGACCAGGACAGUGCAUGCU